AUGAAGUCGAAAACAAAACAUUUUUUAAAUAUUAUACUGUUUUUUCUAAGUAUUCAUCAAUUUGUUAGUGAAGAAAAAUUCCUGUUUGAUGAAGGUACGUUUUAAUAAAUUUAAUUUUUUUAGUUUUUAAAAUAACUUUAUUUGAAAAUAAGGUUUUAAAUUAGCUUUUAAUAUGUUUUUUACGUUUAGCACUACCCGAUGUCUUCCUACUGCCGCAAGAUUUCGAUUUGGCUGUGGAAAAACCAGGUAAAACAACAUAUUUUCUUGUAAUUGUAAGAAUACAAACAAGCAAAAAAUUUUCUAAACAAAAUGCUUAAUUAUUAUAUUAAAAAAUUGUAAGAAAUUUUAUUGUGAUGAUUACUAUAAUACCUUAUAUUAAUGCCAUGUAAAAUGCAAAGUUUUGUUUUUUAAAGUUAAACGAUUUUACAGUUUACAAACCUAGCGUAGACGAACUCGAAGCUAUGCAGAAUCCCGAACUGUUUGAAGGCGACAUUUUGGGUAUUUCGAUCUUUGACGAUGUCAUGCGAGAUGACCCAAUAACUGACGAAGAUAAAAUAUUUAAUACGCCAGUAAGUCCUUCAAAAAUUCAGAUUUGUGACUAUCUUACGACAAUUCAUAAUUGUAAUAUUAAAUUAUUUAAAAAUUUUUAAACAUAAAAAUUCAACAUUUUAGUUUCACAGUUCCUUAAAUGUAAAUACUUAUUCGGACAAACUGUGGAACAAAGGUAGAAUACCAUACUUACUGGAGGAAGGGAUGACUCAAAGGUAAAUAUUUAUUCAGUUUAAGCUACAUAGAAUUUUUUAUGGAAUUACUAUAUAAUCUGUUUUUGUUGUUAUAAAAUUGUAAUAGCUAAUAUUUCAAGAUCUUUAAAAGUUUCGCUUUGAGACACAUUUUUUGUAAUAUACUAUACCGAAUUUUUAUUAAAUCACAAUAUGAUUUAAUAGGUUCUGUAAAACACAGAAAAAUUUCUUUAGGGUUUGUCUACCUUUUCCCACAAACAAACCUCAACGAUAUGUUUGUGGUUACAUUCGCGUUAAGUGGCCAAGUCUUCUUUAAGCCACUUUUAGUUUUUUUUUGUUUUAAAAACAUUAAUUUUAUAGUAGAUAUUUUAUCUUCUGUGUAAUUUUUUAUUUGAGAAUUCUUAUAUAUUACUUUAAGUCAACGGGCUGCGAUUGCACAAGCAUUUACUGAAUACCGUGACAAAACGUGUAUUCGUUUUGUUCCAAAAGACCCUGACGACUACGAUUACAUUUACAUCAAACGUAAUAUUGCUUUUGGUUGUUCGUCGUACGUUGGCCGAGCCGGAGGGAAUCAAACCGUAUCGUUAGAAGUUGGAAAAUGUUUUUCAAAAGGAAUUAUUGCUCAUGAACUCAUGCAUGCUAUAGGUUGGUAUUUAUUGUUUUCUGUAUAAGGGGUUUUUCUGUUGUAUGUUUUGAUGGAGUUAUUUUUUGACAUAGUUUAAACUGGAGUUUAGGUUUUUUUCAUGAACACUCUCGCACAGACCGUGAUGAAUAUGUUGUCAUUGAUGAAAGCAAUAUUCGACCAGGGAUGAUGAGAAAUUUCGAAAAAAUAUCCCAGAAAAAUCAUUGA